AUGGUGAAGGCACAAGUCAAGGGCUUAAGCAUGCAGUCAGAGGGAUCCUGGUCUACCCCUGCAUCAGAUGGCACGUGGCCAUCAUCCACAGCUGGCUCUUCCGUAGUCCCGUAUUCUCACACUGGCAGUCCGAGCCCCGGUUUGAAGCGCUCAUACUCUGUAUCGAAUGCCAUGGACCCGCACUUGACCCCAGCACCCAAACUGCGUGGGGACAUCAUCCUCGAGGUCUUCACCCAUCAGUCGUUGCGCUUUCCAGGUGCUCCUUCGAAUGAGGAGUACGGCGAUAACGUGCGGCUCUCCCUGCUGGGUGAUAAGAUCCUCGAGACUGCUGUCACCUUCACGUUGUUCAGCAAGAGGCCGAUGUUGACCUCUGAUGAUAUCGUCAGGCGCAGAGAUGAGAUACUGUCGCUUGAGAAUAUUCAGAACUGGAUAGUAGGGUAUGGGUUCCGGGAGAAGGUGCGCUGUACUCCCGAUGCCCUUGCAACCCUCGACACGCCAAAGGAAGCCCGCCUUCUCUUUAGUUCUUACGUCGGCGCUGUGUACAUUCAGAACGGGAUGGAAACCGUGCAGAGCUGGAUCGGACGGCUCGUUGAUCCCGAUUACGAGAAUCCUGCCAUCGGUGCGGACGAACCGUAUGCGUACAAACGUGCGAAGACGGAGCCCAUGGGUUCGCCGCCGCCUAACCCGAGCAUGCAGCCCCCUCCGCCCAUGAAUCCUCCGCCACCGCUUCCUAUGAAUCCGUUGGCACCCGCCCAACCGACGGCAGCGUUUCUGCCGCUCUUCAACCAGACUGCCAACCAGCGCAGGCUGACUGUAGAGUAUCCUGCUCAGUUUUCAGGUCCUGCCCACGCCGGAAGGUGGACGGUUCAGUGCAUAGUGAAUGGCAUCGAGAAAGGUCAAGGUAAUGGUCCCAGCAAGCAGCUUGCCAAGGAAGAAGCAGCCAGGCAAGCGUACUAUGCCAUGGGAUGGGCACCUCGUGCUUAA